AUGUAUCUCUCCGGCACGCUCGUUGCGAUGCUGCUGCCGCUGCUCUUCGGCACACAGGCUGGCUGCGUACCUGUUGAGAACCAGAACCACCAUGUCGAAGCGCCUAUCCAACUACACACUCAGACGCAGACACAGACAGAGACACAGAUAAAGCCUGGCUUUGGGACAGCUCUUGCUCCAGCAGAACCGGAACCGGAACCGGAAUCGGAAUUCUUCCCCGAAGCCGAAGACGACGCCAUGUCGUCCCUAUUAAUCCCAUCCCGCUACGAAUCCACCGUCCUAGGCCGCCGCCUGCUUGCUUUGUCCAAAACCGGUGUCCUCACCACCGUGUUCCCGUCGAACAUCACCUCGCCACGUAUCCCUUCAGACGUGGCAGACACACCGAUCGGUCUACCUGACUACGUCGCCUCAUGCGAAGAACCAAGCGGGAACCCCACGCUCCUUGCCUUGACAAUCUCGACGUCGACGAAGAACGCUUUCGCAGGCUCUAACGUCUCGCUUGCCCUCUCUUGGUGGGACGAAUAUGUGCACCUGACGCACAAGCAGCCUUGGUCGGCCGCUAAUUUGCCCCGGCUCAGCAUGAUUGGAUACUUGGAGGAGAUGAGUGAGGACGACAUCAAGAAUAAGGAUAUUCCUGGCUGUUUUACGAAGGUCCAUGGAGAUAGCGUGCUUUGGUUGCCGGGAAAGAAGUGGGCGGCGCACGAGGGGUUGUGGAUGAGGCUGGUGGUAAGGGAAGUUUAUUGGAUUGGAGGCUUCGGAGAUCGGAAUUUCAUUGGAUGGUUCGAUAGAGAGGAGUGGGAGAAUGUGAAGGAGGAGGAGUGGAUGGAGGUUAGGUUGCCCGGGGAGAAGUGA